GAGAAGUGCUCGCUCAAAGGCAGGAAGAGCAAGCCGCGCGCGCCUUCGCCGUACGCGAGUGACCCGCCCGCCUGACCGCCCGCCCGACGCCUGCACGACGACGCAAACAUGGCACUGGACCUCGGCAGCAACGACCAGUACGCGCUCACGCUGCUCGGGAGUAACGGCAGCGACGACCAGUACGACGGCUCCAGCAACGGCGGCGGCAGCAGCAGUCUGGCCGCGCGCCCGUACUCCAAGAGCUCGUCCGGCGCCGACAAUGAGCAGAUGAGGACGGAAAUCGUGCGGCUCGAGAACGUGCUGGCGAGUCGCAUCGCUGCCCGCGCCAACCAGGACAAGUCCAACCUGCCGCUGGAGCGCUCCAGCAAGAUCGAGAAGUACGUGGAAGUCAUGGAGCUCACCAAGUGUCUGCGUCGCCAGAAGGAGUUCCUGCUCAGCGAGAACCGCAAGCGCCAGCGCUUCGCCGAGAAGAUUCAGCAGGCCAUGCCUCCGUCGACCGAUAGCAUCCAAUUUAUGAAAAAUGUCAAGUACCCGCCCGACGAGGAGCUGGAGAAGACGUCCCGCGAGGCGUUUAUGGAGAUGAUGGAGUACCAAGUGAGCGGCGAGGCUGCCACCUACAUGGGCUGGCAGACCAAGCGCGAGUCUAAGUCCAUGUACAUGCACACGUUCUCGGAGAAGAGCUUCGUCGGCGAGGACAUGGCUCGUGUGUUCAACGAAACCUGGGCGAUGUUCCACGAUGAAGCCAAACAGGAACUUCUGUACCGUCGACGAAGCAAGUUCUGCAUUUUGAAGAAGCUGAACGACAACAUGUACCUGACACGCAACAUCCACCAAUUUAUUGGCGAGAGCUUUCCGCGCCACGCCAUGACGCUCGUGUGCCGCAUUUCGAUCGAUAAGGACACGUUCGCGAUCAUCAGCAAGUCCGUUGUGCCGCCCACCAAUGACGCGCAGCACUUGGUGUGGACUGAUGAGUGCUUCAUGUGGAAGUUUUCGAGGCGCGUGGACGCCCAGGGCGGCUUUGACAUCUCGAUUCGUGGCAAGUACGGCAGUACCUCCGCAGUUGCAGGCAAUCGCUUGCCGAUGCUCGAAUCCUACUUCCAGCUUGUGGACUGGGAGUCGUUGGUCCUCCACCCCAUGUUCGACUUCACGGCAGCCUAG